CUGUGAUACUUUCCCAUCGGUUGCGGCCCGAAUCGGCCGACCGUUCGUAAACACUUUUCCUUUCCUUUCAGCAAAGCGCACAUUAUCACAGCACCAAGCUCGAUAGCAAUGCCCAAAAACAGACGGAUUGCAUAACCGCAUAGCCGCCGGCUGAUCGGGAGGAUCGUUCGGGUCGAUCCGAUCGGAAUCGAGGAAAAAGGAUCUAAAAUAAUACUCUACCGCUGUCGGACUGCCGGCCCGUUCAGUUGUGCUCGGUGCGUCAAUAUCAGCUCAUCCGCAUGCAUCAAGACGCGAUGGAUUUUGUGUGUCCUCAGAGUGUUUUCCUACCAGUGCGAAAGCCUCCCACCAAAGGGAAGCCGGACCGGAUGCUUGCUCGCUCAAAAUCACUCGAUCAACCGAUGGCUAGUGUGGUGGAAAAUGAGGUCGAGCUAAGGGAAGCGACCGCGAACCAUCGAAAGGGCAGCACAUCAGGUGGAUCGAAAUCGGUCUCAUCUUCAUUGUCCGGUUCGUCCAAGAAGAACCCCAGUACGAAGGUGGAAACGGUGCAGGAAAAGCGUAAAAGAGAUAGCAUUUUCACGCUCUUCCCGGACGUGCAGUGGAAACCGACGGUGGAGGAGAACGUCCGGUUGCCGGUGCAGUACUGCGAUUGGAUGGAACCGUUCUGCUGCGAUGGACGCUUUAUCGCCCGGUACGAUCUGCUGCCAAUGGAGUUGAUCCUGAAAAUCUUCAAGCAGAUCAAUGCGAGCGACCGGUUGGCGGCGAGCGAAACCUGUCGCCGCUGGUUCGAGGCCGCACACUACUAUGAACCGUUCCAGCGUCGCAUGUACUUCAACUUCGACCGUAUCGAGUUUAAUGAUGAGGAAGGUCCGAUUAAAUACUUCUCGAACCCGAUGAGAACCUACCCGUACCUUACGUUCACGUUCGUGGAGUUUACCAAGCACAGCGACUUUUGGCUAAAUAAUGGCAUGUACAUACGCGAGCUAACGUUGCGCUGCUGUCUGAUACGGAAGAAGAAGUUCAUCACGAUCAUGAAGAAUUUGCCCAUGCUCGAGCGGCUGGAGCUGAUGCAGUGCGAUGAGUUGUUCAAGCACUGGACGCUCGACUACAGCACGGACGAGCCGAUGUUUCCCUUUACCUUGCCACACCUCAAACAUCUGUCGCUGGCAGCGUGUGAUUACUACAACGAGUAUCAUUUUGAGCGGUUCAUCGAAGCUGCACCGGCCCUGGAAUCGAUCGAUGUGUCCAACUGUUUCAUCAACCUCUACCUGUCGCGCCGCAUGACCAUGAUAUCGCGCGUGCUUCGGUUGGUGAGCAAAAAUCGGCUCUUCAUGAAGGCACUAAACAUCAGCGACAUUCCCUGCUUCGAUGACGUCGCGUGGCACCUGCUGGCGGAGAUGAACGGUCUGUUCCUGACGCACUUUACCGUCACCUACACCGACCGCAUUCCGAUGAAGGAUCCGGGCAUACUGAAGUUUUUCAGCGUGCAGACACGGCUCACCCAUCUCGAUCUGACGUCGUCGAUCGGGGUGAACGAUGUGUGCCUGCAGCUGAUCGUGGAAAGUUGUCCACUGCUGGAGGUGUUGAAGUUGCGCCGUUGCUGGUUACUUUCCGACGAAGGGGUACAAGACUUGCACACCCUCAAGCACCUGCGCGUGUUGGACGUUUCGAGCUGCGAGCGUAUUUCGGACUAUGGCAUGCGUGUGGGCAUUAUUGGGAAGCGGGCAAGGCCCAUGGAUGAGGCGUACUUUUCGCUGCUGUGCACGCUCAGCGACUACACGAUGUACUAUCUGGUGCUGAUGUUUAAAAACCUGCAAGUGCUCGAUCUGGACAGCAACGCGACCAUUACGGACACUUCGCUACAGUAUCUGUGCUGCUACUCUCAGGAACUGCGCAACUUGAACCUCCAGUCGUGUACCAAGCUGGUCGUGCAGAUAUUCAAGUAUCUGUCGCCAAGUGAUCGUCGAUCGGCGUGUUUCGUGUGCAGCCGCUGGUACGAAGCGUCCAAGUACUGCCGGUUCGCGGAGCAGAUGGUGCUGCAUCUGGUGGGGGUUGAUUUCGAUGACUUCAAGCCACCGGUCAUGAAUCUCAUCCUGGCCGAUCGGAAGUAUCCGCUGAUAAAGUUGUCCAGGGUGAAGCUGAACGUGCAGAGCAAGUUCUGGGCAAACUAUGGCCCGUUCGUGCACGAGAUCACGUUCGAGAAGUGUAUGAUCUGGAGGGAGCGUGUGAUUUCGCUGUUCAAACACAUGCCCAACCUACGGGUGGCACGCUUCGUCGAGUGCGAUCUGCUCCGGGACGAUCUGUUUCGUACGUGGAAAUUCUUCGACAACGGCCUGUAUACGAUCGAUUUCCCGGGCGUGGAGUCACUCUCGCUUGCCAAGAACAACUUCAGCCAGCUACAGUUCGAGUCGAUGGUGGAGAUGAUGCCAAACCUGACACGGGUUGACUUUUCGAACUGCUUCCGGCAGGUGGAAACCAGUCGCAAGAUGUUCCUGCUCAGCUGCAUCCAGAAGUUUAUCGUGCGUCGACAGUACGUGCUACGCUCGGUCAAUAUAAGUGGCAUUCCGGUGGAUGAUAUCUUUCUGCGAGGGUUAGCCGAUGCAACCGGAUUACUGCUGGACGAGCUGAGCUUGACCUAUCUCGAGAAAAUGCCCACCCGAGAGCCCGCCAUCAUCGAUCUGUUCCGGAGGCAGACGAAUCUACGCUUUCUGGAUGUGACCAGCUCGACGGGCAUUACGGACUUUUGCCUGGAGCAGAUCGUACGGAACAUCACCGGGCUGCGGACCCUCGUAAUGACCGGUUGCUGGGGCAUUUCGGACUACGGCAUCAAGCAGAUAUUCCGGCUGCAGCACCUAGAAACGCUGAACCUCUCCAACUGCAUCCGAAUGUCGAAGCAUGGCAUCAUCGAUGGGGCCGCACACAGCAACCGGGCGAUCUUGCGCGAGCUCCACCUGGAGCUGCUGGACACGCUGGACGAGGAGUGCGUGGUGAAGAUUGGUGCAAACUUUCCCAACCUCACCGUGCUGAACAUCGGCGGCUCGUCGACCUGCAUGACCGACUGGUCCGCGCAGUACAUCUUCUGCAAUCUCGUUAAUCUGGAGCAUUUAAACAUUGAGCGCAGCACCAAGCUAACUGACGCCGGGUUCACCGGGAUCGAUCUGCCGGAGAAAACGUUCUCCAUCUGGGACGUGGAGGAAACGUUCGCGAUCGAUCGGUUGAAGAAGCUGCGCGUGCUCAAGGUUUCCGGCUGCUAUCGCAUGACGGAUUUUGCGCUACGCUACGGAUUCCGGUUUACCGAGCUGAAAGAGCUAAGCUUAUCGCGAUGUCACCAGAUUUCGGAAGCUGGCGUCGAGCGGUUGGUAUCGUCGUGCCCAGCGCUAGAGUAUCUGGAUCUUAGCGAAUGUCCCAACAUCAACGACAACUGCGUGAAGAUGAUCGCCAUUCAGCUGAAACGCAUCAGCACGCUAAAGCUAGCCAACUGUCCACUGUUGACGGAGAACUGUCUACAGUAUUUGGUGACGUGUUGUAAGAACUUGAAGUAUCUGUAUGUGAGAGGAUGCUUCAAGCUGCCGCCGGACAUUGCGGAUCGUCUCGCGAAAAUACCCACCAUGAGACAGGUUUACAAAUCUUAAAAGGAGUAUUUGUAAGGAAAUAUUUUUUUUAUUGUAAAUAUUAAGUUGUGGAUAUAAAAAUAAAAUAAAAAGUUUUAAA